GACCGAAGAAUACAAGAAAAUGGUCGAUAUGCUCCUUUCACAUAUCGAGAAAAUAGAAAGCAAAGAGCAGAGCGCCUACCAAGAUUUGCUAGAUUUGGUGAUGAAGAAAGCCCCAAGUUUGAACGAGGCUUUGAAGUUAUUCGAAGUUUCCAAAGUUAGCUGCUUCUUUGCUGACGAUGUCGAAAAGCUGAACUUCUUUGUCAAAUUCUAUGAAAAGCAAACUGCUAGCACUGAAAACGAAAACGUUGCGGCGAAAUUAAGCAAGUUUUACAAAAUUCCGGAGAAAAUUCGUCACAAGAUGCACGAUUAUCUAUUUCAAACAUUACUUGAAUACGCCAAGUCAGAUGAGGAAUUUAAUGACGACGAUGAAGAAAAAUUUCUUCAAGCGAUCAUUUCUGAAAGAGAUUUGGCUCUGGAUCAAGUGUUUGACGUGCUGAUGGAGCUCUCCAAAUCAAAGUGCAUUCGUCGUCUAAUGAUGGUUCCUAAAAUUCUAGGCAACACGUGUUUUACAAAAAGUUGGCGUGGCAUGACCUACGAGAAGAAGUUAAAGCUCUGUGAAUCGUGGGUGAUAACUAAUUGUGUGAACGGUGGCGUUGGUAGAAGUGUCGAUGGUGUGGAUAAGGUGAUAGCAGUUUAUGGUGCAAUUGACGACAUAAUUCGAUCAAGUCCUAUGAAUAUCGCUAAUUCAACUCUUGUAACGGAUCUCUCUACCGAAGUCGAAAGACGAUUUUUGAAAAAUGAAGACGCUUCUUCCCUUCUGAAAGCUUUGGCGGAAAUAAAAAGAUAUCUGUAUAUCGUCCAGGAGAGCUAUAAAUCCCAUGUAGAGAACAUAUUGAAGAAGAAGCCCAAAAAAGUGUUGAAAGAGUCAUGCACAAUUCUUAUGGAACAUUGUAGCAACAGGCUUGCCCAAGAACUAUUGUCGUUUAUCCUGGACAUCAUUGAUGUACAAGAAAUUGGUAAAGUUGGUCAAAUUAAAGAAAAUAAUUUCAAGAACAUCUUGGGUUCGUGUGAUAUUUGGAUUAUCUUCCUGAAAAUACCUGAAAUUGAUAAUAGAAAAUAUCGAAUUGGAGAGAAGAUUUGUCGAGAACUAGAUAAGCGCAUAAAAGAUGGUGACAUAUCUUUAGGCUUAUUAAAAGACGUCGACAAAAAGAAGGAAGACGUUUCGAUGCUUUGUGCCAUCUUACGAAAUGCUUCCGGACCACCAAAGUGUAACCAGGCCGAUAUCCAAAAGUUGAUUUUAGAUCAUAUCUCACGUUUGAUGAAUGUUGCCGAAGAUUCUUCCAAGAAAAUUGACAUGCUAACGUCAGCGAUCGAAUGCAGUAGUAAAAUAAUCGAAGACGUUUGUGCAGUUCCAGGAAUUGAGAGUGUCACGGAGUCGUUAAAUGAUCUUAGAAAGAUCUUGCGCACAGGUAGUGUAAAAGAUUUGGAAGAUGAAACGUCUUGGGGGGAUUUAUUGCUGUUCCUAAGCGCAGCCGAAGAUUUGCAUACAGUAGGAAAUUCUCUGUCCUUUAGGACCGUCGCUAAAAGAUGCUUGAGGGAAUUAAGCGGUGCAAGUGAAGACGAACAGGAGAAUGCGGCAACACCAGUGCAUGACUUCCAUUCACUGAUAGCGUUCCUUACCACAACAGCGAUAGAACAAUUUCAAGAGCAAUGGGAUCGUGUGUUCAAAGAUCCCAAGUCACUGAAUGCGGAGACCAUGAAGACCUUACUUGGUAUUAUGAAAGGCGAAGAUCUACUUGUUAAAGAGCUCGAAAUGCUAGAAACAUACUUCGGAGAAAGGUUUUCCCCCGAAAUUCAACUUUACAUCCACGACUACAUAAAGUAUCCUCACCUCUUGGAACAAGUGCAACACUUCAUUGCUAUUCGUGAUAUAUUUGGACUGGAAGACAUCCCAAAUGAUACAAUGACGGUACUUUUACAAUUCCAAACAGUGAUGGAAAAUAGAAAUGAACCAACACCUACAUCGUUGCAUCAAUCAAUGGAAAACAUCAAACAAAUAGUCUCAGUUUUUUCUGGAGAAGAAUUAACUGGUGUGAUUAAGGAACUGUCGACAUGCAGAGAAUUGCUUAGUUUUAUGGAAGAGAUCGUUGACGAAGACAUUCGUUUCCUAAUCGAUGCCGUUGAGGAACAUUCGGAUCAAUUUGUAUUCGAGUCAUCAGUUUCCGACCUUAUCGACGUUCAUGGAUUCCUAGCACCUUUGAUUAGGAAAAAAAAUGACAAAACGUUAGAACUCCAAGGAUUUUUAAAAAUGUUAAAAGAAUCGUGCAAUGGUCAUAAAGAUAUAGAAGGAAAGAUCAAGCAGUGUAGUAUGAACGUGAACAGUCUUCGUGGGUUGUACAUGAGCAUUGCAAACCGUGGAGAGAUGACUAAAGAAAUCAUUAGUAAUUGCCUGAGCAGAGGAAAAUACUCGGUGUCGCAGGAAGACGGAAAAUGCGAAACUAAGAUGAGUUACGUGCUUCCUGGGGAUGGUGAAGAUAAAUUCUGUAGCUACUCUCUGUCAGAUCUACAUGAUUUAAGAAGUCGGGCGCAUCUCAUAAUUUCUUCCCGUAUCAAGGUUACUUCCAGUCGUUACAACGAAAGUAGCGAGGAUAUUGAUUUUGAUGACUUCAUUAAUCAAGUAAACCUACUGUCGGAAAUUUCCAAUCAUCUAUUAAAAUUACGUUCCUCAGGCUAUGUAAAAUAUCGAAGAUAUUGGAAACGAAUAAAAACUACCGAUGAACUCAAAUCUGUUAGGGAUAGCCUUUUGAAUGAUCAAGAAAACUGGGAGAGUGUUUUGAAGAAUGUCCAGGAGAAAUUCUACCGUCUCAAUUACUACCGCUCCGAUCAACUGUGCAAGCUGUAUGAUUUCUUGAUUGGCGAGCCUGCUGUUGAUUGCGACGAAGUUCUCUCUCUGAUCCAUUUUGUCGAUAGAACGAUCACUAAACAGCAGUUAGAAGAUCACAAGGAAAAGUUUGCUGUGUUUAAUCCCAAUGACAGUCCAGAAAUUUUGCUCUCGAGUGUUGGAGAGGCGUUGAAAUGCAUUUUUAACGAAGUACAAGAUGUUAUCAGACGAAUUCCAGACGAGGGAGAAACGGACUCAUACAGAAAGAAGUCGCAUCAGGAACGAUUUUCGUCGGAGGCAGAAGUCACACCUGGAAAAAUCUUCGUCGCCAGUCUCGAGCCAGAUAGCUCAAUAAUGAUCAACGUUCUCCUCACGCUGUACGAAAACACGUCAAAUGCAUAUCCGGAACCGUAUCAAAUUAUUUUCUGUAAUUCACAAACAAAUUGGGAGGAUUUACACUUGCUACUGCAAAGAUGUUUCAUGCAUUCAAAGUUCGUACAUCGAAAAAGUUUAUAUUGCAUCGCAAAUGUUGAAUUACUUCCAAAUGAAUUGCAGUUCAAAUUAGUUAAGGCGAUCAAAGAGAAGCAGAAAUACUACGAAAGCUCCGAGGCAAUAAAAGAAUAUAUCGAUUAUCAACUUGCUUUGAUUUGCUGCGGUGGUGACCAUCAUCACAUUGUGGAACAGUUUUCCCAAUAUACACAUCGCAUUGCUGGUAUGAGUGAUCAUUCCCUCGGAAAUCACCUCCAAUCUGGUUGGCCUGACGUUAAAAUUAUCACAUCUAAACUUCCUGGACUUGGAAAAACAGAGCAAGUGAAGCAGCAAUCACUGGAGAAGAGUAUGGGUGUUGUUACCUUUCCAAUUAGUGGCCCAUUCGAGCCAAGUAAAGUCAUUCAGCGACUAAAAGAGAUCAAGAUAAAAAAGUAUCAUUGCUUGCAUCUGGAUAUUGGUGAAGUUAGCGAUCCAUUGUUGUUGGACACAUUCCUAUUCCAACUUAUUGUCACCGGAAUGGUCUCAGCCGGGAAUCAAUUUUAUCAUCUCCCUACAACACACAUCUACAUUGAAAUAGCAAAUACACUGAAAGAUACGCUCCGAGAAUCAUUGAUUGUUUUAAAAUACUUUAAACACAUUCACUUGGAGUGGCAGAAUUACAAGGACUUCCUGGUCAGCUCCAAAAUAACGAGUAAUGUUCAAGUCGUUUGCCAAUACUUAGAUCUCUUUGACCGACAAGGCCUUGAUUCAAAUGAAAUUUCUUUCUGUGGAGAGAAUACAUUUAAACCUUUGCCGCCAGUUCGCUGCAAACAGCUUUUAGCGAGGUAUUUUUCAUCAGCUGCAGAUGUUACCUUUACAAUACUACACACAUUUCUGGGAGUUCUAGCUGACCAGCUUUUAAAAUAUUCAAAAAGCACUUUUUUCAAAAUUGAGAAUCUGGAAUCCAUGGUUGGUGAAGAGUCCACUGGUGUCCGUAGCAAUCUUUUUUCCGCACUUUUAGAAGUGUCAAAAGAGUUCGCAUCUCGUUCUAUUACAACUUCUCCCUCAGGCGAUAAAAAGAAUCUGUCUCAAGAGGAAUCCGCGAGGGCAUUGGACAGAGCAGUCGCAUCCACCGGGACGUCUGCCGACGAUAUGGUUGAACGAGUAACGGGGAUGAUACAGUGGGAAAACAGCAACCAUUUGUUGAUCGUGUUUCAUGGUCUGAACUCGCAAGCGAUUACUGCUGUGUACAGGAAAAGAUCAUCCGUUCCCUUAAAUGUUAUAGAAUUAUUGAAGAGUCAAGUGGUACGAGGGAGCACAGAACUUGACGAUAUGGAGUUUUUAACUGAAGACGAACUACAGGAGAAGUUAGAGAAGAUAGCAUGCAUGAAACUGGUUGGAAAGAAAGAUCUAUUUACAAGCUACGCCUUGACUCCAGAUAACAUCCUAAAGAUGAUAUUGAUCAUAUUACGUGUUCGUGCCAAUGUUCCAGUUAUCAUCAUGGGAGAGACAGGCUGUGGAAAGACCAGUCUUAUUCGUUAUUUGGCUGAUACGUGUGGUAUAAAACUCGAAACAUUUAAUUUGCAUGCUGGGAGGUCGGAAGAAGAUACAAUCAUAUUUAUAAAGAAAAAGGAAUAUGACGCUAAGAAUACCAAAGAGAAAAUCUGGAUUUUCUUGGAUGAAAUAAACACGUGUGAUCACCUAGGAUUGAUCAGCGAUGUGAUAUGUCAUCACUCUUUGCUCGGGCGACCAUUAGCUAAAAAUCUUGUCUUCCUAGCAGCUUGUAACCCGUACAAGUUACGUCCUGAGGAACACAUUAAAACAGCUGGUCUCGAAGGCAAGAAUAUAACUGAUGAGUAUUCCAAGCUGGUGUACCGUGUCCAUCCACUACCUGAAGCUAUGAUUGACUAUGUUUGGGAUUAUGGUUCACUAGCACCAGAAGAUGAACGAAAUUAUAUUCAGAGAAUGGUAAGAAAUCUGCCAAGCCAGUAUGAAGAUAUGCUCAUUGAGUUGCUCGCUUCUUCUCAGGAGUUCAUUCGUAAUGCUGAAAAGAACCACUUUUGUGUUAGUUUACGAGACGUCUACCGCUGCAUUCACCUGAUUGGAUGGUUUGAGGAUAUGCGAAGGAAGCGCCAAAAACUCAAGGAAACCAAGAAAGAAUACUCCAGGCACUUAAGAAAAUACCAUUCGAUGUCACAACAGUACAAAAAGAAUCCAAUGAUCAAGAGCAUUGUGCUCGCACUGGCCCAUUGUUAUUUGUCCAGAUUACCUACUGGAGAGUUGCGGAAAGAUUACCGAAGAUGCAUGAUGGAUGUAUUUAGCCGUCAUGACUUUGAAAUGAAAGCAACUGAUUAUUCGGAUAAUUUUGCAGCUAUUGUACGUAUAGAAGAAGAAGACUAUUUGGAUCGGAUGGAACUCCCAAAUGGCACUGCAAGAAACGCCGCCCUACGAGAAAAUGUCUUUGUAAUGCUUGUUUGCAUCUUAAAUCGCAUUCCGAUUUUCGUCGUUGGCAAGCCUGGAUGUAGUAAGUCAUUAUCCAUACAGUUAAUCCGAAGCAACCUACGAGGACGUGAUUCGCAAAAUGUUUUAUUCCGAAAGUUACCACAACUUUAUGUCGUCUCAUAUCAAGGCUCAGAGUCGUCCACAUCAGAAGGAAUCAUCAAAGUGUUUGAAAAGGCACGAAAAUAUAAAACCCACAACAAAGAUGGAAAUGUUCUGCCAGUCGUUUUACUGGAUGAAGUAGGAUUGGCUGAAAAUUCUAAGUACAACCCUCUCAAAGUCCUUCAUAGCUUGUUGGAGCCCGGUAAAGGAGAAUUUCCAGAUGUUGCUGUUGUGGGUAUUUCAAACUGGUCGUUAGACGCUGCGAAGAUGAACCGGGCAAUUCAUCUGUCCAGACCGGAACCAACCAGGGAAGAUCUAUAUGACACAGGGUACUCACUCCAUUACGCUGAUAGUACAGAUGGAAGCCAACGCUUGGGAGAAAAGGUAUUAAAGUCCUUGGCGGAUGGUUACUUCGAGUAUGAGGAACAACAACAUGAUAAUUUCCAUGGUCUUCGUGAUUACUACUCCUUGAUUAAAAGCUUGACAGGUUGUAGCACCUCUCAAGACGUUAACAUGUCAUUACAGCGUAAUUUUGGUGGCCUCUACGAUGAAGUAGCCAACAUUCAGAAGAUUUUCCUGGACAAGUUGAGCAAAACUCUAAUAUCCAGUGAUGAAGAUAUCAUUCCAGUCACUCAGUUAAUUCAAGCGAAUCUUGCAGACGCCCACGCCAGACACCUGAUGCUUAUAACAAGAGGAGAUUCAGCCCAUGGUAUCUUGAAACAAAUUUUGUCCAGCCUGGAUAAGGAAAGUAUUACGAUUUUUGGCAGUCGAUUUGAAGAAGACCUGUCCGAGGACUACAACUACAGAAUUCUAAGUCGUAUUAUUCUUUGCAUGGAGAGAGAUUGUGUGUUGAUAUUGAAAGAUCUGGAAAAUAUUUAUGGCAGUCUGUAUGAUCUUCUAAACCAGAAUUACGCCGUGGUCGGUAAAAGAAAAAAUUGUCGUGUAGCUCUUGGAGCAUAUAGCAACCCGAUGUGUCAAGUUCACGACGGGUUUCGAUGCAUUGUUCUUAUGGAUGAACAGAAUGUUAAGGACUCUGAUCCGCCAUUUCUUAACAGGUUUGAGAAACAAGUCCUGCGUUUCUCUGAUGUACUAACCGAGGAGCAACAAAAGGUUAUCACUGAGCUCCAUCGCUGGGUCCAAGCAAUGUCAACAGUCGAAGGUUUAGAGUCUCAUUUCUGCGAAACUGAUCUGUUCAUUGGUUUUCACGAAGACACUCUUCCAUCUCUGGUUUUGUCGCAUCGCAAUGAAACUGACAUGGAGGAGGUUUCAAAGAAAUGUAAAGAUGACUUGAUGUGGGUAGCUUCCCCUGAUGGUGUGCUUCGCGCGAAGAAGUGCAAUGUUUUGAAAGAGAAUGACCAAGAUAUCCACGAAUUAAAUGAUGAGUAUUUCAAGAAACCACUACAUGAAGGACUUGCUGCUUUUCUGGAUCACGUUGUGAACAACUUUCAGAAAUCACCUUUCUUUGGCAGUGAUGAGGUUGGCUCGAAAACUGUGGUUAUGACCUUCUCCAACAUUUACACAGACAUUGGUCAGUGUUUAAGCAAUAAUCCUAAAUGUCAAGUGGAAAGACUAAGUGCAUAUAAGUCAGAGAAGCAGUUGGCAGAAAGAAUAAAUGCCUUCUGGAAUUCAUCCGAAAAAGAGCUGUUGGUAUUGCAGUGUAAACCUGACAUGGAUGCUCCACACCUACUUCUCGCACGUUCCAUCAUCGAAGAAAAAAGGGAUUCCUACAAACAGUGCUCAUCUGAGAUGGACUCCUACGCACACAAGCAUGUUUGUAUCGUAUUGCAUGUGCAACGCGUAGAAAAUGAAGAUGUACCAUGGCAGUUUAGUUUCCUGUGUGGUUGGAGACAAGUGUUCCUUGACGUCCUUGAACGACCUAUAGUUCCCCUAAAUGAAAUACUUGGUGAAAGUGUCCAGAAGCUUCUCACAUCUUCGAUAUGGCCAAUACGUAAUUUUACACAAAACGAUCUCUUAUGGUGCUUCACCUGCAUUAAAUAUACACAAAGCCAACGACCUCUAGAUAGUGUUUUGCACAUUGCAAAAAAUCUUUUCAGUUCCAGCCAGAUUGCACAAGCCAUCGAGAGACUAAUCUUGCAGUCGAUAAACUUAAAUUCUCUCCAUAAAGAUCAGGGAUCUCACCUAAAAGAAAGUUGGCAAGUUCAGGUCGCUUGUGACCGCCAGUCUCUAGUGAAUUCGUCCACAUUAUACGGCGCAAUGGAGCAGUAUGUCUCGCGUUUAGUUCGAAAUCCAUUGGCAAAAAUCAUUUACUUCUUGGAAAAAGAGAACGCGUGGCCCCCUCAUUUGGUUCAUGACUACAGUGAAACUCAGAUGCAAGAGUUAGAAUCCAUUUGGUGCAAUUUUAUCAAUCAAAACGCUAUUUUUGAAGUAUCACAGAUUUCAGAGCCACUUGGGACAGAAUGUUACAUUCUUGACACAACAAGCUUAGAUCUCUACCUGCCUUUCAGCCAAGUAGUGGUGAGAAAAGCUGACGGCGCCAAAGAGCUGUUCUUCGAAGAUCAUGCAACACUCCUGGAGAAUUGUGAUAAUUUGGAUGAAAAUGGUCAACUAAAGCUGACAGUUCGAAAACAGCGAAUUGAAAGAUUCUCGAAAACAAUCAUUAACCUGGUACCAGAAUUCUGCCUUAUCACUUCAGAUUUUCAACAUUUAUAUCUGAAAGAUGUUCUUGCUAUAGUGACUGCCGACUUCAGUGAAACGUUGAGCCGUUCUCAGCGAGUUUCCAUAGCACAGGCAACUUUUAUAUCCGAAGUUGAACGGUAUUUGCCGGUAAAAGAUAUGCCUCAGUUUUGUGCAUUACUUCACACGUUUGUAUGGGAUUAUCAAGAACAAAUGCUUGAUUCACUGAGAAUGGUCGAUUUCUGUCGACCAUUUAUAGACUUGAACGUUCAGUCAAGUUUAAUCGAUGUGUUUUGCAAGUCUGAAGAAGUAAUGAUGAUAGAAGCAACUGAAACUCCUCACUCAGAAGUAGAGAUCAACAGACGGUCAGAUAGUGGAAGUAAAAAUGAUUCGUCGAAUGAUCUUUCGGAAGCAGUAAAGAUUACUGGGAACGAAGCGGAAAGCGCCAAUUGGCCAUUUAUAGGGCAAGAUUUUCUGUCAAAUCUGACAGAUGAGAUGCUGUACGGUUCAGAAGGAGCCACGACUGUGAACAUUGAUGAAACGUUUGAUUCGGAGGAAUCAAGUAUACAAGAUAACACGAAUAGAAAUGAUGCGUGCAAUGAAGCUCAUGAAAGCAAAAUAACACAUUGGCCUUUGAUGGAACCCAACAAUGCAAUUGAUGACAUGUUCCGCAGCUCAAAGGAAGUCGUGCAUGCGACAAGUGCUUAUACAGAGAAAACGUCUUACAAAGAAUUUAAUGAAGUAGUGUUCGCUACAAGCGAAACAGAAAGAUCAGAUGGCGGUGAGUUGAAUUUUCAAACUGAACUCCAGGCACAUGAAACGGAGCCAAGUCAAAUGAGCGAUGAUGAUGAAAAAUAUCUUUCACAAGAUUUUCAGGACGAGAAAAAGCAUUUCAAAGAAAUGAAGAAUCACGAAUAUUUUCCUGAAGACAAACAGCAAGAAGUGCCAGAAAAUUUAGAAUGUCAGGUUAACUCAGAAAGAUUUGGAGACAUUUUAGUUACGGUAUAUUGUAAAGAAAUGUUUCCAUCGCACCAAAUCAUCGAAACAAAUGGUGGCCUCGAAUCGUGGAUACGCAAUGCAAACUUGCUACUUUCAUCAGCAUUCAAGAUUAGCGAACAAUCUCCAGCAUUCCAUUACCUACGAUUGUGUACUGACUUUGCAAGGAUCAUCUUUACUUCAAUUGCUCUACCGACGAGUUUAUCUUCGUUAUAUACUUUAAACGAAAUCGGCCUGCGUCUUGAACCAGAGUACCUGGAUCACGAGGAUUCAUUUCAAAUGAUAACAGAGGAAUUAAUUCGACCGUUGGAAGAAGAAAUGGAGAAUCACAAGGAUAAACAGGAAGCUUUACAGAAAUUUUCAGCUCUGUUUUAUGGUCGUUGUAUUGACACAAACGUUGAUACUUGUGCUGUUCGUCCGAUAAUCGAACAUGUUCUGUCUUUGGAGAGACCGAAGUUGGUAAUGAUGAUGAGUCCUGUGAUCUUGCGGCUACUCAAGGUGGAAGAAAUGGAGUCACCGGGAAUAUUUAUUAAUUUAAUCGCCGACCCAAGCGCUAUAGUGAACUGUCCCUGUCUUCAGAUUAUUGACGACGUUUUCAAAGAUCUAUACACGAAUGAUUUGAUGCAUCAUGAUUCGUAUGCAGCAGUAAUGAUUUGUGAUCUAAUCCAAUCUCUAAUGAAUUUUGAGGAUAAUUUUAGAAUCGAAGACAUCGACAGCUCUGAUUCUGAAGAACUUAAGAUCGCUAAGUUAGCAAUGGGACUGAUAUCAAAUACCUGUGAAACUAGUGGUCUAGUCAUACUUUCAGCGGUCGCAUUUCUCCGAGGAUUCUUUACAAUGUUAGCACAUUUCGUAGCUGAAAGACCCAGUAUUCUGAAGGAACACAGUCUGUAUGCUCAUAUGAUGAAAGAAGUCAAUUCGAUACUCAGAGGUUCAAAAACAUCGUUGCAGAUGUUUUUCUUAAAGCAACUCCACAGGAAGGCAAGUCUAUUUGAUAUAGAAAAGUGGAUAAGUGAAAGUAGCACUCUUCCAACGUUACAAGAACAAUGGCAAAACGAAAGAAGUCAAUACAAGAUAGUGUUUACAACUGUUUUGAAGUAUCCUGAGUAUAAAGAAGCGAAGGCAGCAUAUUGGAAACUGAUGUCAAACGAUGAAUCAUGUAUGAAGGAAUUUAUAGAAAGAUGCCAAAGCUCACCUAAUCAUGCUUUUGCCUUUGUCGGAAUCCUCGUAAACAUGAUUUACUUGCAGCGCACUGUACGAAAGCUCACCGAUAAAGACGAGGUACUAGUCAACUGGUUUGCAAGCAACGUAGUCUCGUUCUCCAAACUGCUGCAGGAGCUUUCGCUGAGAGUUUUAGGCCGUCGUGAUUUCUACUGUCCAGAACUCCAAUUAUCACCCGAGUCCUCGGUAGAAGACGUUGAAAUGGCGCUGCUAGUUCUUCACAUCGCAACCGUCGUCGCUACAAAUCAAGAAGCUGAAAACUCACUAUUCUACAACUACUUCAUCAAUCCCGCUGAAUUUAAAAAGAUGCACGAGGACGAGAUGCGUUCCGUGUUUGAAUACCCACCAUAUGUCAAAGAAUCCACCGGUUUACAUGCUCGUGUGGUUUAAGAUUCGCCUUUAAGAGUAAUGUUAUGGAUAAAGUAUGUCCACAUUGUCAUGGAAUCCCAAGUGACGAGACAGAGAGUAUCACAUCUGCCGAGACUUACGCCAAACUACCACUCUCCGCUCAUGGUGAAACAAUUCCAGGAUGGGCUCUUUGCACAAAACAUUUGCGUCCAACCGUCUAUCGUGCCUUACACCUCAUCAUCUAUUCAUCUUGCUACGCUGGUGUAGCUCUCGACACUUCGACGGAGGGCGACUUGUCCAGUGUCUUAAAUAUACAACUCGGAACUAGUCCUGUGAAUCUUAGAAGCCCAGCUAGCAUUUGUUUUGAGACUAUAAAAAGUGAUCUAAUCCAUCUUACAGAAAUUCUUAGUUGCACGAAAACUACUGCAGUCAAAACGAUGCAUCUUGUGGUCGAGAAAACGUCGGAUCUUAUAUCACAAAUCAAAGUAAAAGGAGAGAAUGAAUGUUCAACGCCGAUCAUGUAUCGAGAAUGGGAAGACGAAUUUUCCAAGCGUACAGAAGAAGUGUUUUUGAAAGCGCGCGAGACAUCAGUGGAAAUAAAGGAGAUGAUGAAAUUAC